AAAAGAUACACUAUAUUUCCAAAAGUAUUGGGAUUCCCCUCCAAAUCAUUGGAUUCAGGUGUUCCUAUCACCUCCAUUGCCACAGGUGUAUAUAAAUUCAAGCACCUAGGCAUGCAGACUGCUUUUACAAACAUUUGUGAAAGAAUGGGUCGCUCUCAGGAGCUCAGUGAAUUCAAGUGUGGUACCGGGAUAGGAUACCACCUGUGCAAUAAGUACAUCCGUGAAAUUUCCUUGCUACUAAAUAUUCCACAGUCACCUGUAAGUGGUAUUAUAACAAAGUGGAAGCAACUGGGAACAGAAAGGUCAUGUAAAUGACAGAGCAGGAUCAGCACAUGCUGAAGCGCACAGUGCGCAGAAGUUGCCAACUGUCUGCAGAGUC